UCAUCUUGCACCCUGCUCUGCCGCCAUUUUUGUUGAGGGCGAAUAAACUGUAAGAGACUGUUUCAUUGUUACUCCGCUUUCUCAGCAGUUCAUGUUGGCAAACUAUCCUGCAACUAUAUGCAAAAGAGUUAGAGCCUGGGGAGUGAGCUUUUCUCCAAACAUUUUGAGGCGCAUUGAUGACGCCACGGUCGGCGCUUCCGCCAUUUUAGCUAUGGGCAGAAACGCGGCAACUUUAGAAGAGUAUCGUGGGUGCGAUUGUCGAAAUGCAGAAGAGACCCUGCUGGCGUGGACUUUGGCUGAGCCUGGCCGUAGCGGCUGCCGCUGUGAUAACAGCACGGCUGAUGGGCUGGUGUGGUUCUUCCGCGGGCUUUCGCCUUUUCAUACCCGAAGAGCUGUCCCGCUACCGCGGCGGCCCAGGCGACCCGGGCCUCUACUUGGCGUUGCUCGGCCGUGUCUACGACGUAUCCUCAGGCCGGAGACACUACGAGCCUGGGGCCCACUAUAGCAGCUUCGCAGGCCGAGAUGCAUCCAGAGCAUUUGUGACCGGAGACUACUCUGAAGCAGGCCUGGUGGAUGAUGUCACUAAUUUGUCCUUCUCUGAGAUACUGACCCUUCAAAACUGGCUGUCAUUUUAUGAAAAGAAUUACGUAUUUGUUGUUCUGGGCCUGAUGGGGGUUUUGGAUGAGUACAGUACAGUUCCUGCCCACUCUGUAGGAUGA